AUGGCAGAUCAGUUGACAGAUGAUCAGAUCUCUGAGUUCAAGGAGGCCUUUAGCCUAUUUGACAAAGACGGCGAUGGGUGCAUCACAACCAAGGAGCUCGGUACAGUAAUGAGAUCCCUGGGGCAGAAUCCGACAGAAGCUGAGCUUCAGGACAUGAUAAACGAGGUUGAUGCCGACGGCAAUGGAACCAUUGACUUCCCCGAGUUUUUGAACCUUAUGGCCAGGAAAAUGAAGGAUACGGAUUCUGAGGAGGAGCUUAAGGAGGCUUUCCGUGUUUUCGACAAGGAUCAGAAUGGUUUCAUCUCUGCUGCUGAGCUGCGCCAUGUGAUGACCAAUCUUGGCGAGAAGCUGACUGAUGAGGAAGUAGACGAGAUGAUUAGGGAAGCUGAUGUUGAUGGUGAUGGACAAAUCAAUUACGAAGAGUUUGUCAAGGUGAUGAUGGCAAAAACUUUCGCCGGUCCAACUUCCUUCUUAUGCGUCAUUGAAGGUGACUUUAACCCACUCAUUCCCGUCUCAGUUGACGAAAUUUAUGCAGUUGGCAGAUCUUCAUCAUUUCCUAGUUUUGGGGCCAAUGGAGAUGGUAAUUGGUGUGUAUCAACGAAUACUGCAUUCUUCUGGUUAAUGCUCUUAACUGAGGUGUUUGUCUGGUCGACAUUUAAGGCAGUAGUUGACUCGGAAGUUCCUCAUGUUUUAAACUUUGACUUAGGUUGA